CUAAUAUUUCAUAUCUGGAGAGCAUUGGGAUUGUUGGGUCUCAACUAUCAUCACUCUUGAAGAGGCAACCUCAUCUUUUUGCUUUGCCUGAAUCUGAGCUUAAAAAGCUUGUCUCUAAACUUAUAGAUAUCGGAUUUUCUACUGAUUCAAGAAUGUUGGUGCACGGCCUUCAUUCGUUAGGUUGUAUUAGUCAUGAGUCUUUUUCAAGGAAAUUGCUUUUGCUUCAGAGUUCUGGUUUCUCCAUAAAUGAGUGCAUGGAGGUGUUUAGGAGGGCGCCAAGUUUAUUCCGAAGUUCAGAGGAGAAAAUAAGACUCGGACUAGAAUUUUUCUUGGAAACAAUGGAGUUAAAGAAGUCAACUUUAGUACAGCAUCCUACACUUUUGAUGUUUAGCAUGGAGGAUAGAGUGAUUCCCAGAUAUCAAGUUAUUCAGCUGAUAAAGUCAAGAAAACUUGUGAAGAAAGAGCCAAGUUUUUAUUAUGUGAUGUGUUUGUCGGGGCAUGUGUUCUUUGAAAAGUAUAUAUCGAGAUUUACUGAAAAUGCAGAGGAAUUAUUGAUGGCUUACAAGGGCCAUCUUCUAGAUUUAGGAGAGGAUUAAGAAUGUUAUGUUGAAAAUUUUGCCGGCAUUUUCUUUUCUUUUUUGAUCUGUAAAUUUUGCUACUAGGAGUUGCCUACUAUUGACAAAAAUAUCAUGCUAGUGUGAUGACUAUAAAGGGCAGUCUGAUGCACUAAGCUCCCACUAUGCGCGGGGUCCGGGUAAAAACCGGAUUACAAAGGUCUAUCGCACACAGUCUUACCCUUCAUUUCUGUUAGUGUGAUAACAAUCUGGAAUAAAAAUGGUUGUGACAGAUCUCAUUAUGGUUAUAGCCUUCGAAAGUGCAUAGUGAAGGUGCAGUCUGAACAUGGAAAAUACUGGAUCACCUACCUAAUGUCACCUUAAAUUUUAUUUUGUUGAGUUCACAAUUCUAUUUCUAUUUGUUACUUUGACGAAAAAUGAUGCCUUCUGUGUGAUAUGGGAGGAGGCCUUGAACCAAAUGGGUACUCACUGUUAUACUCCCUUAAUUUCAAAAAUAAUAGGCGCUAUUUCCUUAUUAGUCCGUUUCGAGAAGAUUGACACAUUCCUAUAUUUCUUUAAUGGGAAGCAUUUAUGGUCACACAAAUGUUAUGACUUGGUUAAGAUCACAAGUUUUAAAAACUUUAAAGCCACACAAAUGUUAUAACAUAUUUAAGGCCACAAGUAUCAAAAAAUUUCUUCUCUUUAUUAAAUUUUGUGUCAAGUUAAACUAGAACAAACAAAUUGAAAUGGGGGGAGUAACAAUUAGAAUAUCUUUUUUUUUUUUUGGGUCUAAUUCUUGGUGUGCAGAGUUAUCCUGUACGUAUUUUAGUAUAAAUGACACCAGGUAGCCACUCUAAAGAGCUGCUAUUUAGAAAUUAGCUAGUGCGUCUUGAAUUUUAUUUUUUCAGUUUAAUUUUUCAAAAUAAAAAUGUCCUGAAUUGUCCUGAAGUUAAGCUUUUUAGUUUAAAAUUUUAUGACAAAAAUAAGUACCGAAUAAUCUCUAGAUUGCAUACCUGAGAAUGACUAUAGAAUAACAGGAACUAAUAGAAUAAUUAGAGUGUGUGAAAGCUAGACCCGCCGCCAUCAUAAAAAACAAUAUCAUGCUAAGGAAAAAGACACUAACUAAAAAGGAAGGAGUAAAGGCUAAAGAUAUCAUGUCAAGUAAAGCCGUUUAGAUAUCUAUUACAAGGACAGUGUUUUGGCUGUCUCUCUUUUUUGGACUAUAACAGCUGCUGAAACUGACGGCCCAGAAAGGAAGAGAAAAUGAAGAAUCUCUUGGAAGGGUAUGAUAAAAAGAACAAAGAAAAGUUGGAUAAGUUUCAAAUUACAUAGCAAAAAGUUGGCCUUUUGCAAUGAUGAAUGUGGACAAGAGUGUUAUUUGGAGUGUUUGAAGCUUUUUGGAAUCAGAAAAUAAGCAAAAUUACUGACUUUAAGGUGCAUUAUAUCAGGAAAAAGAAGAAGUCUUGGGAAUGUAUGAACCAUUACUUCAUCUAUAUCUCAAACUAGAGAAAACAUAAGAUGAUGGAUGAAGCUUAUCAUGCUGGAAAUUAUUUUUCCUUCUAACUACUUAGGAUUUGUCUUUCUUUUAAUUAAUGUGAUGCUUAUGUUUUCCUGAGCCGAGGAUUUAUUGGAAACAACCUCUCUACUUUCACAAGGUAGGGGUAAGGUCUGCGUACACACUACCCUCCCCAGACCCCACAAUGUGGGAUAAUAUUGGGUAUGUUGUUGUUGUUGUUGUUGUUGUUCUAAUUAGUUAUGAUUAAAAUGUGGUUGUCUCAAUCAUAUUUGAUAUUAAGUUCACAUAGGGAUAUAAUUUUGAGAUUUAAAAAACUUCUAGUUUUAAAGAAAUUCUAAUUGCCUUAUAGAACAAAAUAUAUUUGAUGUUUAAUUUUUUUUAUUUCUUUCCGUUCUUGCAAGAUUUACACCCUUGGCACAACACUAAAAGUUGCCUCUGUAUGACUUGGACGUCAUGUGUUCAAGCCGCGGAAAUAGACUCCUGUAGAAAGAAAGGGAUUUGGCCUGAGAGUGAGAGUUUCAAGGACAAUGGUAUUGGUCCUAUUCCAACAAGGUGGAAAGGUAAAUGUGUUGAUGGAAUUGAAUUCAACGCGACGAGUAGUUGUAACAGAAAACUUAUUGGUGCUAGGAAUUUCGUUAAGGGUGUUGAGAAUGACUAUCAUCAUCAAUCGGCACGAGAUCAAAAUGGACAUGGAACACAUACUGCUUCAACUGCAGCAGGUACAGAGGUAAAUGGUGCCAAUGUAUUUGGUUUUGCUAAAGGGAAAGCACGAGGGAUUGCGAGUAAAGCUAGGAUUGCAAUGUACAAAGCUUGUGGGAGUAGUUCUUGUGCAGAAUCUGAUAUUUUAGCAGCUAUUGAAAGUGCUAUAAAAGAUGGCGUAGACAUACUUUCGCUCUCUUUAGGAUACGAUGAUGCUCCGUUUUAUGAAAAUCCAGUGGCAAUUGCAACAUUUGCUGCUGUUAAAAGGAACAUAUUUGUUGCUUCUUCAGCUGGAAAUCUUGGACCUUAUCCAUUUUCAGUUCACAAUACAGCACCUUGGGUUACAACAGUUGGAGCUGGAUCACUUGAUCGCGAUUUCCCCGUUGAAAUCAACUUAUCAAACAACAAGACUUUUGUUGGUUCUUCUCUUUAUCCAGGGAGAAUCAGUGGUAAAAGUUACUCUCUUGUUUAUAUUGAAAAUUGUUCUAUAAUGACAAUCGAUCGUUCUAAAGUUGAACGAAAGAUUGUAGUUUGCAACACUAGUAAAAUCGAAGCUCUUAGAAAUGGGAUUUUAAUUCAGAAAGCAGGUGGUUUUGGACUGAUUCAAUUAAAUCUUCCAACUGAAGGAGAAGGGAUUAGAGCAAUGGCUUACACAUUGCCUUCUGCAACAUUGGGUUAUAAAGAAGGUAUAGAGCUUCUUUCUUAUAUCAAAUCCAAUGCUAAUCCAAGAGCAGGGUUCGUACGUCGAAAGGAUACAGUAAUUGGGAAAAAAGUUAGAGCUCCAAUUGUUGCUAGCUUUUCUUCAAGAGGGCCUAAUGUUGUUGUUCCUGAAGUCCUCAAACCUGACCUCAUUGCUCCGGGUUUGAACAUUCUUGCUGCAUGGCCAGGUGACAUUUCCCCAACACGUCUCAAGAUGGAUCCAAGGAGAGUGAAGUUCAAUAUAAACUCGGGAACAUCAAUGGCGUGCCCUCACAUAGCCGGAGUAGCUGCAUUAGUCCGCGCUGUUCAUCCAGAUUGGUCCCCGGCUGCUAUAAAAUCCGCACUCAUGACUACAUCCACAGCAUUCGACAAUGCACAACUCCCUAUCAUAAAACACGAAGACAUGGAGCUAGCAACUCCGAUCAGCAUUGGAGCCGGGCACGUGAACCCUGAAUCGGCUAUUGAUCCGGGCCUAAUAUACGACACUGAUACAUCAGACUACAUCAACCUACUAUGCAGCUUGAAUUACACAGAGAAACAAAUGAAACUUUUCACGAACGAGUCAAAUCCUUGCUCGGGUUUCACUGGAUCUCCACUUGAUCUUAACUAUCCAUCACUUUCUGUUAUGUUCAGGCCUGAUUCCUAUGUUCAUGUAGUUAAGAAGACACUGACACAUGUCGCGGUAUCUAAGCCCGAGGUGUACAAAGUAAAGAUAGUGAAUCUGAAUUCUGAAAAGGUGAGUUUAAGUAUAGAGCCAAGGAAGCUGAUUUUCAAUGAAUCUUUACAGAAACAAAGCUAUGUGGUCAAAUUUGAGAGCCAUUAUGCAUUCAACAGCAGCAGGAAAAUAGCUGAGCAAAUGGCGUUUGGUUCGAUAUUGUGGGAGAGUGAAAAGCACAAUGUUAGGAGCCCCUUCGCUGUUAUGUGGGUUCAGCAAAAUUUCAAUAACAGUAGAUUAUACAAAUAACUUAAUAUGUACAUUGUUGUAUGUGUUAUAUCAUCGUACCUCUAGCCUCCGAAUAUGUACUAUGUUGUAUCAUCGUACCUCUAGCCUCCGAGUAUGUAUUAUGUUGUAUGUGUUGUAUUAUCGUACCUCUAACCUCUGAGUAUGUACUAUGUAGCAUCAUCGUACCUCUA